CAGAUUUUGUGUUUAUGUCAAGUGUCUUGUAGCAUAUGGUGUUGAUUGUGGGAAAAUGAGUAUGUAGUAGCACCUAGUAAUAUUUUGUCACAUCGUUGCCUGAAUUGCUGCAAGACAUUAAAUGGCAGGAAAUGGAUCUGUCAAAAUUUUGGAUAACAGCACACUUAUUUGGAGCUCUAGAAAGGAUUCUGGGAAUGGGGCUGCAGUGGACGAUAGCGGAAUUGACAGCGAUCCAAAACAGCAAACAGCUCACGAAGACGACAAAAGCUUUCAUGCCAGUGACAGUUCAUGCAGUAGCACCACUGUGGCAACUCCUCAAAAAAGCAGUGCAAAACAGCUCCACAGAAAGCUCGAGCAAAGGAUAGAGCAAGCUAAAAAGAAUCACAGACUUCAAGAAUAUAAAAAGAAUUCCAGUCUAAUACCUAUACAGAGACUACCAAUUCCGAAUAAACCAGGUUCCUCGACCCAAAGGGAACAACAACCAUUAGUUGAGUGGGAAACAGAUGAAAGUGAUGAAGACAUCAAUUUCUUCCCACUUUCAAGAAUGAAGGAUGGUAAACAAGAACUAACUGACACAUUUAGUAUUGAAGAUUUUGAUGUUUCUCCAGAUGAAGAUGAUCUUAAUUUAUUGCCUCCAAAGCCAAUGUACCAAAGAUGUAUUUGUUGUGUUAUUCCUGCAGACUGGAAAUGUAAUAUUAUAUAAACACAGAAUGAGGUUCCUCUAAGAAAGUCAUUCCAUCGUAGGAUAUGACAACUUACUGUUGCUUUAUUUCUUGAUGUUGUACUGCUUAGUGUUAUGAUCUCAUUUACUAAAGUCUAAUUUAUUCUAUUGUUGAAUUAAAUAAAUGGUUUAGAAAUCCUGUUAGAAAUAGUACAAAGAGCACAAAUAAUUUUUAUUUAUUGUAGUGCGUG